AUGGAAAGCGUUACAAUGUUUUCGUUGGGAUCGCUUAUAGCAAAAUGCAUAUUUCAAUUCAUACCCUACUUCAUCAUAACUGUAUGGAAAGGAUACCCAGUAUUUGGGGAACCGGGUCACCGAUGGGACCUACUCACAAGGUGCAUCACGGGUACCACAUCGCUAAUCACCCUGUACACAUCAUACCGACUAAUGCCCCUAUCUGACUCGACCACAGCCUCACCAAUAUUUGUUACAGUAUUUGCAUACCUAAUACUGCGAGAUCGGCCCAACGUAGUUCAGCUAAUCACCGGGAUAAUUACAGUAAUUGGGGUGUUUAUCAUAUCUAAACCCGAGUUCAUAUUUGGUUCGGAUGGUCCGGACAAGUAUGACAAGCGCUCGAUUGGCUUAGUAUUUGCGCUGACCGCAGCGAUAACAUCAGCACUUUCCCUGAUCAAUUUGCGCAAACUUAAGUCGACCCCGGUGCCCGUUGUGGUCAUGUGGUACUCCGUGGCAGUUGUAGUCAUUGGUGGGUCAGUGUUGCCAAUACUGGACCGCUGGACACUGCCAUCCGGUAUCAGGCAAUGG